AGUGGGAGAAAAUGCAGUCUUUUAUAAAUUAUUUCAUGUUUCUCUGCGGCCCGGUAGUAAAUACGUCACGGACCGUGGUUGGCUGAAUAAAAUGCUAUUACAUCCGUUAUUCUGGCAUGGGUUUGAGAGGUGGAUGAUAUUAGCCAUCACUUUAACAAUUACAAAGUGUGUUUGGGGUCACCUGUUGGAACACCCAACUGCGCCCAAGACCCAACCUCCGGGCUGAAGAAUUUGGAGGAUGAAGAUGUCGGGAAGAUUUGUUCUUCGCUGCGCUGUGCUGCUACUUUGCCUCGCUUCCGUGUCUGCCAUUAAGAAGCUACAUUCCAUUAACGACUUGAAAAAAGUUGACUUUGAUCGAGCCGUGCCGAAGCACACUCUCAUACUGCUUUACUGGUUUGCGAACGAGAUUGACAUUGAUAAUAAUGAUGUCAUACAUCUGACUUUUGACCCAAACCGAGAACAAUUUGGGUCUCAUCACUAUGGAAACUACGAGAGGAUGUUGAAUCCACUGCCUCAGGGAAAUAUCAGAUACCGUUACUACACAGUCGGCAAUCUUAACCACAGACUAGCCAAUUCCGAGCUUCCUGAAUAUGUUCUCAAUCCAGAGAGACGGUACAGAGGAGGCAACAGAGACCGGAUUAUAUUUCGAGUGAGAGAGCAAGCCAGCGAGAUAAUAGAUGAAGUCUAUAUCACGCAACAUUAUGAAAACUCAAAUGAAGGCACACGUUAUGAUCCCGCUCACACAUAUCAGAUCACUACCAACCUGCUGAGACAAAUCAGAGAGUUUUCAGGGGAAGAAGGCACUAGUAACUCUGUGAGAAACCUCAAAGAAGACUUUGGAAGCAAUAUCGACAACACACAGAUAAGGAGCCUCAUUAGUAAAUGGGCUGACCUUGCUUGCCUUGGUCUACUGCUGUUUAUCAUCCUUGAGGAAAAAUACUUCCCAAUCAAUAUAAACCGGGGUGCAAAAAGAAUGUCCGGACAUUGUGUCGUCAACAUUUCAAGCAGCGACCAAAAUCACCACGACGGUCAAGUUCCAAGGGAGCUUUUUGAUGAGGAAAACAUUCAACUUGAGGUGACGACUGGCACAAACGGAAAAGCUAGGAUUCAUUGGCAGGGUGUUUCUGAAGCCCGCCUACAGCAACGUGUAAUGCUACUACUGUUUAAGGACAAUGAGGGCCAGACAGCUCUGUAUUCUAAGCAGAUUGGAAGCGACUCUGGCAAUAUGGACACCUCUGUACUACUGAAUACUGGUCUUCAGGCACGGCUACACAAGACAAGAACAAAGUACUGUUGCUGGACAGUCGUGGCUGAGGAGAUCUGCAGGGGCAGCGAGUUUCGGAAUCCAGAAAAAGUCCAGCUACAAGACUACGACGCAAGCCUUCAGCUAUUUGUUAAGGAUGGUAAGGCUUGUGCUCGCUUAUUUGUGGGCAAAGCAUUUCGAGACUGGAGGUCAGUGUUUGUCAAGUCAUGGGUGGGCUUCUACACCGAUGCCAAUAAAGCCACUGAUGAAUAUGGAUGGUGGAAGUGGCAGUGGGCCACAAAAUUCCAAAAGUCUACUCCUCUCGACCCUUAUCACAACGUUUAUGAGUAUCACUCAGGUAUGGCCAUUUCUCCAGGAGUCCAAGCACGAUUCAUUAUUAGUAAUUACAGCGUUGUGGCACAGACAAGCUGGAGGUGAUGCGAUCAACAAUUCAACUCUUAAUGUAAAUAUUCUACAAUGAAUGUCUUUUACUUGCUGGAUUUGUAUGUCUUUUUUUUUUUUUUUUCCAUAAAAUGUGAGUUUUUUCAUAAAAUGUGACGGUUAAUCAUAUAUAACUGGGGGAGAACAAUCACAUUAUUUCCCUUGCACUGUAAACCUCAGAAUGGCACAUAGCUGGAUAUUGUUAAAUUGCUUUUGUUUGUACGUUUCAAGUGAACACAUAUCUGCAUAUUACAUCAGCACUUUCAUGUUAACUCCUUUGCUUUGAAAAAAAAUUAAAUAAACUAAAGCACUCGAAAACAUUGGUUUUGUCAGCAUGGCACGAAAUUGCCGCAGUGUAGCACCCUCACUUCGUAAUCAUUUGUGUGCUUGUAUGUAUGCAUGUACGUAUACAUUGUUUGUGUCUAUCUAAAUAAAAUUGAGUUUGAUCAAGGCAACCACUGAA